AUGAUUUGCGCGACCGCGGGAGAUCACCACAACAGUGGCCAUGACGGCCUGUGGGCGACCGAAAAACAGGGCAACCAGCAGCAGCAGCAGCAGCAGCACCACUACCAAGCCGCCGCCUCCACUGGGCGCUUACUAAUGAACGUGCUGCUGCUGCGCCGCCGGACGCUGGGCCCCACAGCUGACACUGCUACUGUCACCACCACCGGCACCUCCCACGCCGCCUCGGAGCCCCUGACGUCGCCAAUUGAGCUAGCGUCGUACCCCAAGAAAAAAACAUCGCCGUCGUCACGGACCGACGCCGCCGCUUGGGAAAAGGACUUUUCGGCCGCAACCUCGACGGCACACUCGGACUCCCGCCCACCGCAAAAUAAUCACCACCAGGAUUGCACGCCGCGAGACGCGACGGCCGCCAUCUGGCACUCCAACUCCACCACCGCCGCCCGCCGCCGCCGCGCGCCCUCAACCCCGGCCCGCUCGCUGUCUACACCACCGGUCGUCACCGCGCCCGUCGACCGCGCCGCUCGCUCCGCGUCCCUCGACUCGCCCGAGCGCAGACGCAUCCGCUCCGCCAGCACGGGCGGUGGCCGACCCAGUACCGGACGUGCUGCUUCUUCCUCUUCUGCCUCCAAGCCUAGGCCGUCUGGGCACGAGAGGAGGGUGACGGAGAGCGAGGUCAUCUGGAAGGGGGUGUGGGAUUGA